AUGAGUGCAACGGCUAACCAGAGUUCUGGCGGUUUGUGGAAUAAAUUCCGCUCGUCAACGAAGUCCCUUUCCCAUUCGUUGUCGAAUCUAUCGGUUAGAACCGAAACAGAUGGUGACACCGUAACCAGUACCGUGGUUCACAGGGCGCUAGUAAAGUUCUACAAGGAUCAAGAACCCUUCACUGGGUUUCCAGGAUGGUUAGGCCAUAAAGACGAUCUGCCGAACGAGCAAAAAAUCCUGAAGAAGCAGAACCACGUCAGUUCCAAUCCUAUCAGCAGUGGCUUCCAUCACUUGCGCAAGGUAUCUACAGAUCUCAAGAAACAGCAUGGCUCCGGUGCGCCCCCUUUUGCUGAAGCUGAGCAGCAUUCGAGUGCAGGUAUGUCUUUUCACCAGGUUUACAUGAGUCAAAGCACCGAAAUAGCAUCGGAGUCUGUCCAAUCCGUGAAUCUCAGUCAGAGCAGUCAUCAUAAUGCGGGAGGAGCAGCCGACGUGAGGGCUCAACAGACGCAGGUGGCUCCCUCACCCGCUGGGAUCAGUUCUUCAUCCAUGAUGAUGCGUGAAAGACUGAAAAGACAAAAUACGAGGAGUUCUAGAAAUCUGGGUCAGAGCUAA